AUGUCCCAAAUCGACAUCACGCCCGCCAAAACGGAGGAUUUCAUUCAGCUUGGCCGACUUAAUUACCACGGCUUUAGCGCUACUCCUAUCAAUUUACUGAUGUUCGGAAAUCAGAACGAGGAGGAGCAAAUCGCUCAUACCCAACAAUACCUGAGAAAGUGUCUCGUGGACGCCAGCUGCAAGCUAACCAAAGCUGUGGUGGACGGGCAGAUUGUCGGAUUUGCUCAAUGGCACUACUUCGUAGAACCCAUGCCCGUUGAGGACGACUUACCGUCAAAUUGGGGCGAGGGAGCAACCGGACCUUUGUGUGAUGCUUCCUUUGGGUCCAUGGAGAAGGCAAGAAAAGGGACAAUGGGUGGGAGAGCGUUGUGCUGGUAA